AUGUCCGGAACGCCGCUCGAGCCGGGACGCUUGUCGCUCCAGGCUGGCGAUGGAUCUACCGGGACGCGGACGGGCCUCGUCGAGGACAUGUCCAAGAAGGCGGCAUUCAAGCGGAUGCGUUUACCACGCUCCCACUCCACAUCUAAUAUGCUGGAUACUGUCAACAGCUUCUCAUCGCGGUCUGCUAAGCUUGAGCCCCAGGACAAUGAGGGCGAGCAAAAUGAGCGACACAGUUUGCGCGACCUGGCCAAGUUCCUCCGGACCACUGCGCCGCCACGUCACUCUACCGCGUCGAACGACAACUUCUUCAGCUUAUCAGGGUCCGGGCCGAUGGACAGGAAACGGUCCAUACAGUCGUUGAUCAGAAGGAAACGCGGGAGGGCACCAGCUAUGUCCCUACAACUACAACCCUCCGACAUUCAGCUCUCUGACAGGAUUGUUGCGAAGAAGACUAUAGAAGGAUACCCUUAUGCCACCAUAGAUCUUUCCGACCAGGGCAGUGCCAACGCUGCUACACCUCGCGCACAAUCUCCCGCCUCUAAUGAUGCUCCUGCUCGGCCGAAAUUUCACCCGCCUUCAUGGCCGGAGAGGACAUCUUCAAAGGGGGCGCUAAGCCCAACAUUCCCGGCUUCGUCGGGGUCCUUGGAGGGUUCACCUAAGAAAGUCGAUAUACGGCAUGGGAGUACUGGUUCAGCAAACGAUACCGUUAGGGGAAGAAGAGUGACUCGUGCUCUUCACAGUGAUAGACACUCUUCUCUACGGGAUUCCGUCGAUGGGCAGAAUGAGCUUCAGCCGUCUCUGCGGAGGACGAUUCCCGUUAUUGACCAAUACAAUGGGAUGCAGCCAAGUCCGAGAGGGUCUUCUCUUGCAGCAACACAAGCUCAGACAGGUCCCAAACAUCAAAAUUCAAUAUCUCAGGGUUCAGUAGUGGAGUUUCCUGCAACGCCACCACCAUCAGGACAAUUGCGAGAUUUUGAAUGGCCCGAAGUCAAGAUUCAUUCCGUUACAACAUCGCCACCAACCUCACCAAUGUCAUCAAGCAACAGAGAACGCCAGGAUAGUUUACCGGGCCUGCAUUCCAGGCUGUCAUCGCCCACAACCCCCCGCAAUGCGGCAAAGAAGCCACCAGCUAUCGUAGUCAAAUCCACCUUGACUGUACCUAGCGAAGCUCUGGUCCCCGAAUCACCCGGUUUUCCAAAUAUGCUUGCUGCCAUGACGUUUCCAUCACCCCCACGGAGUUCAAGGUCGCCGUCUCCAGCAAGCAGCCUGAACUCGAGAGCGCCGACCCUAUCCUCAGCUAUAUCUCCCCCAACCAUACGACCUCGAACAUCGAGCAAAAAAGCCAACAGAUCUCUCUCUACCGCCAUCUCCUUGGAUGAGAUCGUUAUGCAACCAACACGCCCUGGUCUUUCACACUCGCAGUCUGAUUAUAUCACCACAGCCUCCAAAGGCUUACAACGCCCCUUGCCAGUCGAUUUGCGUGCUGCAGAAGCCCCAAUACAGGCGGAAACGUUAUCUUUCGCGGCGGCAGCAGACGUCAUGACCUCAAAGGAGUCAAUGCUAGCAGCAGAUGAUGCCUCGAUAGUUCGGCCUGAUUCUGCGGCGUCAUUUGUAACGGCCUGUGAGGACCGUCGCGAGUCCAUCGCGCAAUCAGUCGUGAGCGAUACAGAUUCCCGUCGACUAUCGACCUCGAGUACCGCUACGUAUACAACAGAAUCUUACAGGCAAUCCACUUCAACCAGCGACUCCAAUCGCCAGUCAACGAGGAGCAAUGCGACAACAGCCAGUACUGUGCUCAGCAUUCCCGAUGAUGAAUUCAGAAAAGACUCAACAUCAGACAUCGACUACACACGGGAGACAUUCACAUCGUCCCCACCACCGUCAGAAAGCGGUUCCAAGCAAAAUACGUAUGACGCGCGCUCAGAUUACACAAGCCGACUCCGUCCUGAAGGGGGCCUUCCACCCCAAACAGCCAUCCCAGGCUGGGAAGGUGUCGGCAAACCCAUGAGUAUUGCGGAGAGAAGGAUGAUGCGAAAGGGGAAAUCAGGUGAAAUACGACAGCAAAGUAUCGAUCUAUCUCGAUCCAGCAUGAAGCUGCCUGUUCAGGGACCGUCCAGCUUUGAGUCUGUCGACUCUCCGAUUCUCGGAUGGUUCUCAUAUAAGAGCCCCGUAGUCCGCAAGCCUUCUUUCCGUGGCCCCUCCCCUCUCGCAAAAGAAGUGGACGCAUCUUCUGCAUCCAUUGUUGAGGCACAUGAAAGUCAUCAAGCAGAGUCGCCAUCAACGUUGGGCAUCCAGAAACCGCAGAUCCUUCAAAACACAGUGCCAGCGGCCGCUCCCACAGCAGAUCAAUCUGGGACUGAUUUGAUACACACUCCGACUCGUCAAGAAUGGAGUAUGUCGCCGAUAUUGGCCGAAGUCAUUGAACCGGAGCCAGUUCCUGAGUUAUCUAAAGCACCAGCUUGUGAGCUUACGAUUUCACCGAUUAUGGUGGUUGCCAGCGUCAAGCCCGGCGUGCUUCUCUCGCCUACUUCUAACCUACGUGUGUCGACUGUGUUGAGCUUUGACAACACUUCACCUCCACAUCUACCUCCCAGGUCCCCUUUGCGACCAAGAGCGCACACUAAACGACUUUCUCGCGCAAAGCUAUUACCAAUCAAGGUGUCCGCAGUCCCUUCUGCAACGAUCGAUCACGCGAAGGCCACGUAUGCCCAAGGAUCUGGAAGGUCUAGCGUACCGACCGUUUCCCCUUCUUCGCAGGCCAGAGCACUAAAGCGACUCAGCCUUCCGGCUCACAUCAUGUGCUCGACUACAUCACCAGCAUCGUGGGACCGAACUCCACCGCGACGGGGCCACAAGGAACUGGACAGAGAGGAACCUGACACAGAAGAAGAGGCUGUCGAACCGGAGGAUCUCGAUCCUCAACCCCGGCGUCGAAGUAUCGUGGUAAAGGAACGUUUUGAGAAGCAAAAACUGGAGAAAGAGAAAGAAAUCGCGGAUUUGGUCGCCAAGGCUGCCUUCACAGUUUCCAAGCGUGAGAAGGAGAACCCCUCUAAAGACAAUGUUGAGCAGUCCAGCGAGCAUUCGCGCAAGAAAUCACGCACAACCGACGAGCUUGAACGCCGGGUUCGACGUCUGCAAAGGCACAGUGAUGCAUGGCUUGAUGUUCUGGACCCCUUGCUGGAAAACAUGACUCGGACAUUGAAGGAAAUGAAGAAGGAUGGCAAAGGAGCUCCGCUGUUGAUGGAUGAAUUCAUCAUAGAUAUGGCGGCCGAGGCACGACGGUCAAUGCUUUCUGUGAUUGCGACAGAUGGAGAUGCGACUGGAAAAGGACCAUUAUUCGAAGACUUCGACGGUGCUCAUCAGGGAGCUAGUCUUAUGCCACAGCAAAAGACUGUGGGCAAGAAAAGGCGAGGAUUGAAGGGUGGAUCAAAGCUUCGAUUGCAACUCGAACAACCCAAAGCAGAAAUAGCUGCUAUUGCCUCUGAACCAGUACAAGACGUUGCAAAGGCUGAACCGGAGGCAGCACCACUCCGAGAACCUGAGGUGCAAGAAGUGGUGCUGCCUCCACCGCCAGCUGCUCAAACCCCGCGUACGCCCUUGGAACAUGAGUUUGAAGCCGAAGUCGCCGUACGACGUCGUAUUCAACAGCAGGAGAAGAUGAUGGAUGAACUGAUGAAUCGCUGGGGUGUGCCAUCGCCCAUGCCUCCACCUUCAGGGAAGUCUGCCCUACAAACUGAACCCGGGGUCGGACAAGAAGAAAAAGCCCCAACAGGAAACAGCCGAAGCAGCUCUGUCAACACCGUCAAGCCGGACCAGCCCGAUGACAGCGAAGGCGAUACAAUUGGCUCGUCUCUACUAGCUCUGAAGACGCCCCUGACAAGAUUUUGGGUGGCCGAAAAUGAAGGCGGCGGUAGUCGCAGAGGCAGCGCAGCGAACAGCAGAAGGGGAAGUCGCCGGUGGAGUAGUGCCGGCGAGAGGAUAAGUUGGAAGCCAGGCGACAGCAACUGCAUGAACUUGCUGAUGCAGGAACUCAGGGAGACUUCGCGCCUGAGCCUCGAAAGCCGUGGGGAUGUGGGCAGUCUUUUAUGA